AACUGCGUGAAGAUAAGUCUUCGUCCCUGGCACUUUCCUGAAGGGGAGGUGCACAACAAGUUGAAGAAGAAGAAGAGGAAGAAGGAACGACCUUGUGCAAGAUGAAAAACAACGACAGGAAUGAAAUUACUCUAACCGCGAUACAGCCCCCGGUCACACCCUGCCGGCGCGCGUUCCUUGUCGCUGGAGUCGUACUCAUCUGUCCCGACGUCGUGCUUGUGAUAGGCGCCUUAUUAAAGGACCGCAGGUGGAAGCCGGGAUUCUUGCGUCGCGAUGCCAGUAGCUGGUCUUCUCUAUAUGCCCAUUGGGAUCGAGUACCAAGAAAGAGACGCAUGAGGGGUAGUUAUUAACAGACAUUAUUAAUGUUUACGGUGAAUGAGAUAU